UCACUGCAGUUCAUAAUGGCGGCGGCGGCUACGUCUGUUUUCCACAGAGUACGGACUGGUUCUAAAAUCGGUGCCCAGUAUGACCAAGACGGCCACCUUAUUCAGGUGGAAACCCGAGAGGAUGAAGAGCAAAGCGUCAAGCUGGCGGAGAUCCUUGAGCUCCUGCUGGCAGCUGGAUACUUCAGAGCACGGAUUAAAGGAUUAUCACCUUUUGAUAAGGUGGUAGGUGGUAUGACCUGGUGCAUCACCACGUGUAACUUUGACAUAGAUGUGGAUCUACUUUUCCAAGAAAACUCAACCAUUGGCCAGAAAAUAGCUCUGACGGAGAAAAUAGUCUCUGUGUUACCGAAGAUGAAGUGUCCUCAUCGCCUCGAACCCCAUCAAAUCCAAGGGCUGGAUUUUAUCCACAUUUUUCCUGUGAUACAGUGGCUGGUGAAGCGAGCCAUAGAGACCAGGGAAGAGAUGGGCGACUAUGUGAGAGCCUACUCCAUUUCCCAGUUCCAGAAGAGCCACAGCCUUCCAGAGGAUAAAGAGUUCCUCCAGAGGAAAGACAAGGCUGUGAGGACAGUUCUGGAUGUAUUGGAAGUGUACAAACCCCAGAGGAAGUACAGGAGGCAGAGGGAUGCAGGGGAGCUGCUGGAUGAGGAGUCCAGGGUUCACUCCACUCUGCUUGAAUAUGGCAGGCGUUAUGGAUUCAGCAAACAGUCCAAACAAGACGAGGUGGAUGAGAGGAAGGCUGCGCUGGCCAGUGGCUCUCAGGCAGCGCCCACAGGGAUGGCAGAGCUGUCAGAGGAAGACCACAUGCAGGCAGUGGAGGAAAUGCGAAUCAAAACCCUGAUGACCAGCAUGGCUGCCAUGGCAAAUAAUGAGGGGAAGCUGACGGCGAGUGCAGUGGGUCAGAUAGUGGGGCUGCAGUCUGAGGAGAUCAAACAGAUUGUCUCUGAGUAUGCGGACAAGCAGUCGGGGCUGUCGUCAGAGGAGCGUUCAGAGCGCUAUGGCCCGCUGCAGCAGCACCGCAGGGCAGUGGCCUCCCUCAACAAACAGAUCCAACAGAAGACUAAAGAACUGGAGGAGCUACAAACCAAGUAUGCAGAGGUGAAAACAGGCUGCGAUGAUGCCAAGAUAAAUCUUGUUGAGGCUACAGAGCACUCCAUAAAACUGGAGAAAGAGCUGAAGUGUUUGGAUGAGAUGGAGGAGCAGGCUGACAGCAGCUUGCUGGAGCAGCUGGGGGCUCUAGUGACGACAAAUGAGAACCUGAAGCAGCAGGAGCAGGAGUUCCGCACACACUGUAGAGAAGAGAUGGCCCGUCUGCAGCAGAACAUUGAGGAGCUGAAGAUGGUAUCGGGACAGGAUACAGAGGAGGAGAAGGAGAGGAACCAGCUGAUAGACAAACAGUACAACACAGACAGAGAGAAACUACAGAAGAUCCGUCUGCUCAUGGCUCGGAGGAACCGUGAGAUUGCCAUCCUGCAGAGGAAGAUCGACGAGGUGCCAAGCCGGGCUGAGCUGACCCAGUAUCAGAAGAGAUUCAUCGAACUCUACAGUCAGGUUUCUGCAACGCAUAAAGAGACCAAGCAGUUCUUCACACUGUAUAACACGUUAGACGACAAGAAGGUUUAUCUGGAGAAGGAGGUGACUCUGCUGAAUUCCAUUCACGACAACUUCCACCAGGCCAUGUCGUCUUCAGCAGCCAAGGAGCAGUUCCUCAGACAGAUGGAGGGAAUAGUGGAGGGAAUCAAACAGAGUCGCAUCAAGAUGGAGAAGAAGAAGCAGGAAAACAAAAUGAGGAGAGAUCAGCUGAACGACGAGUACCUGGAGCUGCUCGACAAGCAGAGGCUUUACUUUAAAACUGUCAAGGACUUUAAAGAGGAGUGUCGGAAGAACGAGAUGCUGCUGUCCAAAUUAAGAGCGAAAGGAGCCUCUUAAACCCGUCACAACAGUUUGAUGUCUAAUGAAAUAUGUAAUCUUUAUGAGCUACAUUGAACCCAGACUAACGUAUUGAGGUUUUUCUUUUUGUAACAUUCUGUUUUGUUGUUCCUUUUUAUGGCUGAUUUGGUUUGUUAACACUUCUAACUUGAUGGCUAAACCCCUGUGACAGGAGUACUGGACAUGACAUUUACACUGUGCUAAAUCCAGCUGACUGAAAAACACAAAUACCUUAAUUGGUCAAGUCCAAAGAAGCUUUUAAGUGUUUCACAUGUUUUUGCCGCAAUGAUCCCAAUUACUAACCACUUGCUUAGCAUCUCAUCAGCUGAUUCCUCUUAAAAAAAGUGUUGAAUUUCUAAAUGAACAAUUCGUAGAAGCCCUGUAACAAUCCUAUAAAUAAAUGUUUUGCUUUGGGACUGUACAAACUGGUAGCUAAAAUGUCAAAUCUAAUUAUAACUGGACUUACAUUUACUUAACACCUUUAUAGCUGAACUAGACAGCUGCGUUAGCUGAACACAAUCUACCCACCUCUUCUUGUUGAUCAUGCAGUGGGGCCGCAACAGAGAGGAGUGCUUGACCCUGUUGUGUUGCUGUUAUAUGAAAGGAUUAUUAGGAAAGUCCUUUAUAUUGCAUAUGUGGUGUGUGAAGUUUCCUGUUGCGACUUUAAACAUCACUCUGUAUGUAAAGUUCUUUGCAAUGACGCUGUUCUUAUGUGCUUGUGAAGUUUGAAUUCACCUCAUGUUUUUGAUUUGCCUCACCAUCCAAUGACCAUGUACAACCAGUAUUUAAUAAAUAAACUAAU